AAACAGUAGGCGAGUCUAUCCAAACACAGGAUCCACUAAGCCAACGCUGUUUGGGGAUUCCCGUUAUCGCCAAACCCAAACACACCCUUUUCUUCUUCCCCUUUCUCUCCAAGUCCUCUCUUUCUUCUCACUGAUCUCAUUUAGAUCCAAUCCAAUUUCCUGUCACUUUCCCGGGAAAAUUCCCACAACGAAAACCGUAAACAUUUUCCCGGAAAAAGAGAAAAAGAGAUGUCACACGGCGACACGGUACCGCUUCACCCAUCGUCUCAAUCCGACAUCGACGAGAUCGAGAAUCUAAUCCACGCCAGCGUCCAAUCGAGUUCCGCCACCGUUCUCCCAGCCAGACCACCAAGCCCUCCUAGGGCUUCGAUCCCGGUCUCUUCAUCCCCAUUCAUACAAUCCAAUCUUCCGCCUACGCCAGCUCCUCCGUCUUCUUCCACCAAUAAGAAGCCGCCAACUGUCCCCAUUGCGCCUCCGCUUCCCACCUCGACCAAUGGGAACCCUAGCAUUGCCUCUACCGGGUUUGGUUCGGCUCCUAACACGCUGACAGAGCCUGUUUGGGAUACGGUGAAGAGGGAUCUGUCGAGGAUCGUGAGCAAUUUGAAGUUGGUUGUGUUUCCGAAUCCGUAUCGCGAGGAUCCCGGAAAGGCAUUGAGGGAUUGGGAUCUUUGGGGUCCUUUCUUCUUCAUUGUGUUUCUUGGUCUUACACUUUCGUGGUCUGCAUCGGUUAAGAAGUCCGAGGUUUUCGCCGUUGCAUUUGCUCUACUAGCUGCUGGUGCUGUAAUUUUGACACUGAAUGUACUACUCCUGGGCGGGCAUAUAAUUUUCUUCCAGAGUCUGAGCCUUUUGGGGUACUGCUUGUUCCCUUUGGACGUUGGGGCGGUAAUCUGCAUGUUGAAGGACAAUGUGAUAGUGAAAGUAAUAGUGGUAUGUGUGACAUUGGCAUGGAGUUCUUGGGCGGCAUACCCUUUCAUGAGCUCGGCAGUCAACCCGAGGAGAAAAGCCCUUGCGUUAUACCCAGUUUUUCUCAUGUAUGUAUCUGUUGGUUUUCUUAUCAUUGCCAUUGAUUAAUGAUGCUUUGAAAAUCAGUACUGAAAUGGGGUUUGAAACAAAAAUUGUUGUUACAUAGAAAGUUCUUUUUUUUUUCUUUUUGUGCUGAGUUAAUCUUCUCUUUCGUGUCAACUGUAUUUUUUUGACUUCUUGAUAUGUUUGGGAACUCAAUUUGCCUAAUAGAAGAAUAUACUAGUUUUGUAUCAAA